CGCCGCCCCUAUUCCUGAACGCGGCCUACGUGACUUUCCCUACGCUGGCGGAGCGAAUAAAGCUUCACUUACGUCGUGGGCGCAGUGGCUCCUUGUAAUGGCGACCGUGCCGCGGAUGCGCCCAAGCUCUCUCUCUCUGUGAAAAUGGAGCGAAGAAGAAGUUAUUCCCACUGAAUUGCCAAGGAGGAGGACUUCUCUGCGCGCCCGCUAACGUGCUCGACUUCGCCGCUGCUUUUUUGUUUUUGUUGUGGGGGGGAACGUCUGCGCCUCCCACCUCCGCCCCGCGAUGAUGAAGCUCAAGUCCAACCAGACCCGGACGUACGACGGGGACGGCUACAAGAAGCGGGCCGCCUGCCUGUGCUUCCGGAGCGAAUCGGAGGAGCAGGUGCUGCUGGUGAGCAGCAGCAGACAUCCUGACAAGUGGAUCGUUCCUGGAGGGGGCAUGGAACCCGAGGAGGAGCCCAACGUCGCCGCUGCCCGGGAAGUGUGCGAAGAGGCGGGGGUGAAAGGAACGUUGGGUCGCUUGGUGGGCGUGUUUGAGAACCAGGAGAGGAAGCACAGAACCUUCGUGUACGUUCUGAUCGUGACAGAAGUUCUACAAGACUGGGAGGACUCGCUCAACAUUGGGAGGAAAAGGGAGUGGUUUAAAAUCCAGGACGCGGUGGAUUUGUUGCGCUGUCACAAGCCCGUGCAGGCCACCUACUUCCAGGCCCUCCAGGAGACCUGCCCCACCAGCAACGGGACCCCUCUGGUGGCCACGAUAGGCGGGGACCUACCCCCCACCUACACCCUCACCCAGAGCUCCGUCUCGGAUGUCAGAUAACUAAAAACCUCUUCUUCUGCUCUGCCUUGCCAACUCUGCCGUGCCAUGGCGGCACAGACUGCAUGAAAACACCCCCCCCCCCCCCCCCCCCGGCCCUACGGACGCACCUUACCAACGCAAAGAAAGACCUUUUUACCGUCGUCAUGUAAACGUGUGUAUCUAGUGCUUUUCAACAGCCUCCAUUUUCUUUCCCCGGCCGCACCCCUCUUUUUGGAUGGUCCCGUUUACAGUCUGGAACAAUCACUCGGCGGGGGAGUGACAGAAUGUCAACAUUUCAGCGUUUCCUCCCACAUAUCACCCACUUCCUGUCCGUUUGCUUCAAUUGUUUACAUUUUCCCCCCCCUGGUAGCGUUGGAUCCACACCCCUCCCAGAAACUUCACCAGUCCGAGCACAAAGAAGCCUUGAACACUUUGUUGUCCACACCUUCUUUCUUGUCGGACAGGCCAAGACUCUCUAGGGCCGGCGGCGUUAUAUACUGUGAAACUGUAGGAGAGGACUUGUUGUAAAUUAUUUCUGUAUAGAUCAACUGGAAAAAGGACAGUCUUUCAACCCCCGGGGAGUGAGAAUCCUGCGAGCAUCCUUUUGGAAGUCCGUGUUCUGACACGGGCUGAUUUCUUUCUGGACCACGGUCCUCCCAAAUGUUGUGUGCGUGAAAUGGACGGUGGCAGUGGAAUAAACGCCGGAUCUUCUGUCACCACCCAGGCGGGUUGGAGGGAUCCCUUUUUUGGGGAGAAGUUGCUGACUGUGCAAGAAGAGGUCACAACGAACAGGUUUUCCCUUCUUAUUAUAACGACUGAAUCCAAGCGACUUCCUCAACCAGUUAAAAAACAAAUGCGAGGAGUCUAUUUUUAUUGGCGCCUAUCAGAAAAGGCCAAAGUCUGGGUUUACGACGGUCUUUCAUGGAGUCUGGAUGCGACUGUGGAGGGCGUUGACCUCGAAGGUCUGACGUCCGAUCAGAUACUUGGUCCUGGCCUAACGCUACUUUGUGCUAAACGUGGCGCUUGAUUUGAUUUGUCUGCUUUCAAAACGACGUCCUCGACUCCCAAGUUACCACGUUCUACAAGUGGACUGGAGUAGCAACGUUUAGUAAAGGUGUCCACUUUGACUCCCAAGUUACCACGGUCUACAAGUGGACUGUAGUAGCAAGUUACCACGGUCUACAAGUGAACUGUAGUAGCAAGUUACCACGGUCUACAAGUGGACUGUAGUAGCAACGUUUAGUUGAAGGUGUCCACUUUGACUCCCAAGUUACCACGGUCUACAAGUGCACUGUAGUAGCAAGUUACCACGGUCUACAAGUGGACUGUAGUAGCAACGUUUGGUUGAAGGUGGCCACUUUCACUCCCAAAUUACCACGGUCUACAAGUGGAUUGUAGUAGCAAGUUACCACGGUCUACAAGUGGACUGGAGUAGCAACGUUUAGUGAAGGUGUCCACUUUGACUCCCAAGUUACCACGGUCUACAAGUGCACUGUAGUAGCAAGUUACCACGGUCUACAAGUGGACUGUAGUAGCAACGUUUAGUUGAAGGUGUCCACUUUGACUCCCAAGUUACCACGGUCUACAAGUGGACUGGAGUAGCAACGUUUAGUUGAAGGUGUCCACUUUUACUCCCAAGUUACCGCGGUCUACAAGUGGACUGUAGUAGCAAGUUACCACGGUCUACAAGUGGACUGUAGUAGCAACGUUUAGUUGAAGGUGUCCACUUUGACUCCCAAGUUACUACGGUCUACAAGUGGACUGUAGUAGCAAGUUACCACGGUCUACAAGUGGACUGUAGUAGCAAGUUACCACGGUCUAAUAGUGGACUGUAGUAGCAACGUUUAGUUGAAGGUGUCCACUUUGACUCCCAAGUUACUACGGUCUACAAGUGGACUGUAGUAGCAAGUUACCACGGUCUACAAGUGGACUGUAGUAGCAAGUUACCACGGUCUACAAGUGGACUGUAGUAGCAACGUUUAGUUGAAGGUGUCCACUUUGACUCCCAAGUUACUACGGUCUACAAGUGGACUGUAGUAGCAAGUUACCACGGUCUACAAGUGGACUGUAGUAGCAACGUUUAGUUGAAGGUGUCCACUUUGACUCCCAAGUUACGACGGUCUACAAGUGCACUGUAGUAGCAAGUUACCACGGUCUACAAGUGGACUGUAGUAGCAAGUUACCACGGUCUACAAGUGGACUGUAGUAGCAAGUUACCACGGUCUACAAGUGGACUGUAGUAGCAAGUUACCACGGUCUACAAGUGGACUGUAGUAGCAACGUUUAGUUGAAGGUGUCCACUUUGACUCCCAAGUUCCCACGGUCUACAGGUGGACUGUAGUAGCAAGUUACCACGGUCUACAAGUGGACUGUAGUAGCAAGUUACCACGGUCUACAAGUGGACUGUAGUAGCAAGUUACCACGGUCUACAAGUGGACUGUAGUAGCAACGUGUAGUUGAAGGUGUCCACUCUGGAACCAGAAGGCUGACAAGUGGCUCCAUCUAGUGGUCAAGUUGAUGACGUGCAGGCUGACUGAACAUUGAUUGGCUCCAUAAAAAAAGACAUUUCUCCCAGCCAAUGACAUCAGUCCGGAAGCAACAUCCUCACACUUGUUGGACACUGAGACGGUUGUAGAAUAAAACUCAGCGCAGGACUGAAGAUUGUAAUAUAAAUGUGCCAACAAUAAACACCAGUAUUUCACGUA